GGCCCCGGCGCGGCGCGGGGGGCGCGGAGCGGCCAUGGCGCGCUCGCUCAACUCCAUCGUGGCCGUCAGCCAGAACAUGGGCAUCGGCAAGGACGGGCGGCUGCCCUGGCCGCCGCUCAGGAAUGAGUACAAGUACUUCCAGAGAAUGACGAGCACGUCCCGCGUGGAAGGUAAACAGAAUGCAGUGAUAAUGGGUAAAAAAACGUGGUUCUCCAUUCCUGAGAAGAACCGUCCUUUAAAAGACAGAAUUAAUAUUGUGCUCAGCAGGGAGCUCAAGGAAACCCCGAAAGGAGCACAUUAUCUUUCCAAAAGUCUGGAUGAUGCUUUAGCUCUUUUGGAUUCACCAGAGUUAAAAAGUAAAGUAGACAUGGUUUGGAUCGUGGGAGGCACUUCAGUGUACAAGGCAGCAAUGGAGAAGCCAAUUCAUCAUCGAUUGUUUGUGACAAGAAUCUUGAAAGAAUUUGAAAGUGACACAUUUUUUCCAGAAAUUGACCAUAAAGUCUACAAGCUUCUGGCAGAGUACCCAGGUGUCCCUGCUGAUAUCCAAGAAGAGAACGGGAUUCAAUACAAAUUUGAAGUGUAUGAGAAAACUGUCGUGGCACAAUAAGGGAGGCAUUUUGUACUUCUGUGUAAGGGCAGGUAUUUUAAAUCAUAAAGUUUUACUGAGUGUAAAGAUACAUUAAAAUUUUGAAGAAAAUCAUUCCUGAUGGUGAAAUACCUCAGUAGUGAAUGGUUCCAAAAACCACACCCCACACUUUGAAGCUACACCCUGCAGAAGAGGGUCUGAGGAGUUCCACAGCAAAGGUUGCAUGAGACCUUGCGGUGAUCUUACAAUCCAUGGCGGCAUCCCUGACAAUUCCACAGGUAAUGAAAGGCAUUAGACUAUCUCAGGGCUUUUCUAUGGAAAGAAAGGGGUUUAGUAUCUAUCUCCUUGUCCAAAACAUCCAGGGCUGAGAAAGCGCCAAGCCUCCCAGGUCUGAUGGGUUGUAAAUGUUAUAAAUGUGUACAAAUUGUAUACAUUCAUAACAGCCUUUAAAAUGUACCCGUGUAGAGGUAAAGCCAGCCCAGCAGGAGAAGGGGAAUUAGGAAGUGUCCCGUAGCAGUUGAGGGAUGCACGGAUCCAGGACCUGUCACUCCAGGGUGGGUCCCUGCAGGAUCACCAGUCCUGCUGCAAAACCUGCUCCAGGGGGGCAUCUCUCCCUGCAGGUCCUGCCAGGGCCCUGCUCCGGCAGGGGCUCCCCACGGGAUCACAGCCUCCUUCCUGCCUCUGCUGCUCUGGCGUGGGCUCCUCAGGGCUGCGGGUGGGACUGUGGGGCUGAGGGGAGUCUGUGCUGCACCUGCUCCACUCCCGCCUCACCUGUGUCUGCAGGGCUCUUCUCCUCUCCCCUCCCAGCUCCUCUCGCCCCAGCUGUGGUUCUCCACAGGUUUUUCUUCUCCCAGAGGUGCUGCUGCUGGGCUCAGCCCUGGCCAGCAGUGGCUCUGCCCUGGGGCCCGUGGGACGCGGGGGAAGCUUCCAGCAGCUUCUCACAGAAGCCACCCCUGCAGCCCCCACUGCUCACCAAACCUGGCCACGCAAGCCCAGCAAAAUCUAGUAAAGAAGCUUUAAUAUUUCCCUAGGUUCACAGCUGUCUGAAAGCUUGGCUGCUCUCAUAAAAAGUCAUUGUGUCAGUUUGACCGCAGCCACUUCAAAGUGGAAGAAAAUAUACAUUGAUUUCUUAGAAAAGUCUGUGUUCCUGUGUUCCUGCCAAGCAUUAUCAGUAAAGACGCAGUUCAUUUGUCAUGUGAGUUUGAAUAAUCUAUGUGAAAAAUAUGGAUUAUAAGCAAUAAUGGAGUUGUUCUGUUUCAUCUUUAUUAAAUAUAGUUAAAUACAAAAAUACUAAAAAUCUUAAAUAAAAUGGUAUAAUUUACAUUGAUGUUCCCUUAGAAUAUCAGCAAUGAGCACCCCUUGAAUUUUCCAUCGCACUUUACUACAACACCUAGCUGAUAAAAAACGUAUUUAUUGCA